UAUGGAGGUGGCGAUGCAGCCAUCAGUACAGAGGAGAAGUCCCCAUAUGCAACUACACAGAUGGUGUCCCUGGAAAUCGGACCUAAAGCCGUUCGCUUCCUGGUGCACGAGAGUGUUCUGAGCCGCAGCCCAGUGCUGCUCGCAAAGUCGUAUCCGAUAUCCUUUGUCAAGCAGUCUGUGGCGCUGCCGGAGCUCGACCAGACAACUGCGCACACACUCGUGCACUACCUGUACACGGGCAGAUACCAGACGCUCAGCGUCCACGCGGCUUCCGAUAAAGUCAUCCCGGAGAGCUACAAGCAGAGCGCGUGUGUGUACUGCGCGGCUGUCCGGUACGAGCUACCGGGGCUCAAGGAGCUAGCGCAGGGUCGACUCGGGUCGUUUGGAGAAGAAGUCAAUGUCUUUGAUAUGCUUGCAGUCGCGCGGGACUAUGCGUUUCCCCUGCUGCCGGAGCACGACGAGUGGUAUCCGGCGUACAUUGAAGAUGCGCUGCAGACAGCCAUGAGGGAAGACGCGACGCCGUUCCAAAAAACAGAUUUCAUAACUACCGUCGAGGGCAAUAGCAGACUGCUACGCCUGGCCUGGAAGACGGUAAUGAGUAAUUGUGCUCGAGUGCUGGCGACUCCGGCGCCCAAGGAGAACGGCGUUGCUACGCCUACAGCUGAGGCGGUUCCAGAAGCAGCGCCGGUGAACGGCCAUGACGACUCUGUGCUUGCUGCAGGGAUUCCAGAAGUCUAUGAGGACAAAGAAGAAGAAGGCGUACAAGAAGAUCUUGUUGCAGAACAAACUCCAGACAUCGCAGCCGUAUCCGAAACCCCACGAAUCGACUCCCCCAAAACAGAUCCCAUCGAGCCAACUCCAGAGGUCCCGCCUACCCCGAAGUCGUUCACUGACGAGCUCGACUUCAUAUCGAGCAAAACGUACCAGCAAAUGGGCCAGAAAGCAGACUCGGUCGCGGUAGCGUCCAAAGAGCCAAAGAAAACCGCUCUAGUCCGCUCAGAUUCGGCGAUGCAAAUGGAGCAGCAGGCGGCGGCGGCGGCUAGUCCGAAGGCGGAUGCAGCAGAUACUUCGAGUGUGGUAGUUGAGAUCGACCCGGUAUCGUUAACGAAAAAGAGCAAGAAAGGCAAGAAAAGCAAGAAGCUAGAUAAG